AGUGAGAAAGUUGGAGGUGCAGAGGGAACGAAGUACGAUGUGGACUUCACCGACAUGGAAAAGAAAAUGGACACCACUUCUCGGGCAGUGCUGGACAUCAUGACCAAGACCACUGAGUAUCUGCAGCCAAACCCAGCCACCAGAGCCAAGAUGAGCAUGAUGAACUCCAUGUCACGUAUGCGAGGCCAGGAGAAUCGACCGUGCUACACACAGACUGAGGCCACCUUGGGAGAGGCUAUGCAGCGGUUUGGCAGGGAGCUUGGAGAGGAGUCUAAUUUCGGCCUUGCUUUGAUUGAUGUUGGGGAAGCCAUGCGUGAGCUGGGAGAGGUGAAAGAUGCUCUGGACAUGGAAGUGAAACAGAACUUCAUUGAUCCACUGCAGAACCUUCACGAGAAAGACCUCAAGGAGAUUCAGCAUCACCUGAAGAAAAUGGAGGGCCGUCGCUUGGACUUUGAUUACAAGAAAAAGCGUCAGGCCAAGACAACGGAUGAUGAGCUCAAACAAGCACUAGAGAAAUUUGAUGAAUCCAAGGACAUUGCUGAGCAGAGCAUGUUCAACCUGCUGGAGAGUGAUAUUGAACAGGUGAGCCAGGUCGCCGCGCUGGUCCAUGCUCAGAUGGAGUAUCACAGACGGGCUGCGGAUAUCCUCACACAGCUCAACAGUAAGAUUGAUGAACGGAUAAGGGAUGCUUCUAACAAACCAAGGAAAGAGUACAUGCCUAAACCACGUACGUCCCUGGACUUCUCCAUCAGUGAGAACCACAAUGGAGGCAUCCACAGUGCUCGCUCUCCAGCAAGGUCUCCAGCCCCCUUGGACCAGCCAUGCUGUCGUGCACUGUAUGAUUUUGACCCCGAGAACGAAGGUGAGCUAGGCUUCAAGGAAGGCGAUAUCAUCACCUUGACCAAUAAAAUCGAUGACAACUGGUACGAGGGGAUGUUGCACGGCAACUCCGGCUUCUUCCCCAUCAACUACGUGGAUAUCCUGGUGCCACUGCCCCACUAG